UUUUUGUUUUAGAGGAAAUCAACAAACUUUGGGCUUACAUGCAACCCUUUUUGACCAAAGAAAACGUCAACCAAGCGUCUACUGAAUCAUCCUGUAUGACAUACCUGAUGAUGGCGGCUGCCUAUGACAAUGGAGAACUGGUGAAGCUACUUCUGGAAAACGGAGCAGAUAUCAGAGUCUCUACUAACUACGGCUGGACUGCUCUAGACUGGGCUUGUAAAAAUGGAGCAUUGAAUGCUCUAGCACAUCUAGAGAAUAAAUUACCUUGUGAGCCGCGAGCAUCUACAACUGAUAUCGAGCUAGUUGAAAAGAAAUCGGAUAUGGAACCCGAACAAAAACGAAAGCUUUGCUCAUAUCUCUGUGCCCAAAAUGAGACCUCAAUUGAUCAUAAAGGUAUCGCUUUAAUAAUCAAUAACGAGAUUAUAACUCGGUAUGUUGAGAAGAUCUUGGUGUUCAUACCGGGAAUCGAUGAUGUGUUCAACAUCCUUGAUCUACUAGAGACAAGUGAUGCGAGAGAUGAAAUUCAAAACACAUUUACAAUCAUUAUGCUCCACGAUAACUACGAUCAAUCUCAGUUUAUGGACUACUUUAACGCGGCCAUUAACAAAAAGGGAAAGAAACUGUUCUUCAGUAUUGGGACUUAUGAAUUUAACAUAAUGAUGACGGCUAUUGAUGUUGUAAUAGAUAGCGGUAAAGAUCGAAGUGUGGUUUUUGAUCAUUUGAAUAACAGAAGUCAAGUGGAAGAUUGUUGGAUUUCGAAAAAUAGCGCGGAACAACGAAGCUCAUUGGCAACUUCUGCAGGAGCGAAGGCGUAUCGAAUGUACACGAAAACACGCCACGAUAGUUUCCGACCAGAUCGGGUGUCUGAAAUAGUCCGGAGGCCCCUAGACAAUCUAUGUCUCUGGAUCCGAAUGCUGGCUCCUGAAGGCCAUGAAAUUGACGAAUACUUUAGCCAUGCAUAUGAACAGCCGAGACCUUUUUCAGUUAAAGUAGCUGUGACCAUUCUACAGUGCUUAGAGGCUCUGAAUAAUGAAAAGGAAAUUACAGAACUGGGCUUUAUGAUGCUGAACAUUCCAAUUAACCCAAAGCUAGCAAAGUUAGUCCUGUAUGGUCUAGCAUAUCGUUGCUUAGAUCCCGUAUUGACUAUAGCGUCAGCUUUGCUAGUUGAGAAUAUGAUUAUAAAGUCAAAUCAUAAGCCAAGAAGAAACAAAAUUUUGAGCAAGAAAAAUCAGUUCUCACAUCAGUCGUAUAGUGACCACGGGUCUUACUUGAAAGCUUUUUUGUCCUGGUUGAAAAAUAAGGAAAAGGAGAACGGAGGGAAUGUUGAUUUGUCCGUUUUGAAUUACGGUCAAUGUGAAAUGGCUUAUUUGAUGAAGGAAAAAAUCACUAGCUAUUUAAAAAGAUUCGAACACUUCAAGUCGAUGUACUUCAACCAUGAAUGGAACAAGGAAUUCAACACUUUUUCAGACAACUUCUCCAUGAUUCGUGCCGUUCUUUGUGCCACCUUCUUUCCAAAUGUUCUCCAAUGCGACUGGAACAAUCAAUGUAUUGUUUCACUGAAUGAGUCGCAUAUAUCUAUUGACAAGCACAGUAUAUUACACGAUCUCAUCAGUAAGAAAAUGCAUGUGAAGCAAGAUACGAACACGGCUUUCCCUUCGAAUUGGAUAAUUUAUUCGGAUUCUAAGAAGAUAUCGAAAACGGCAAAUGAAGUCAGUGAUUUGUCAAUUGUUUCAACACUUGCUGUAGUGUUGUUUAGUGAUUCCUUGUUAGCUAACUGUAAGAUAUUGGAGGCGCCUAGCUCUGAGAAACAAAGAGGCUCAGUCUGGGAUAACGCUUGUGUGCUUGCGGUGUCGGAACACAUUAAGUUCAUUCAGUUCAAAACGAACAGACGAGACGCCGAGUUGAUCCUGACGCUGCGACGUCGGCUGCAUUCGCUAGUCAGUCGCCAGUUCAAGAUCAAUGCCGAAAUUCUGAAUGGAGAUUUGGAGGCGUUGCAAUGUGUGGCUAAUGUCAUGAAAGAGGAGGAUAAAACGCUUGGCUUGAAGUUGAUUUCGGGCUGUUCUCAGAGAUCUAGAAGUGGGAAUAUUCCUCCUGUUGUCGGCUAUAGGGCUUUCAUUCCAUCGAUGAGAGCUAAGUUGCGCUGUGAUUUUUGCGAUCAUCAGGAUAUGAAUGGAGCGGCAGGCGUUGACUUUUCGCUCUCAAAAGGACAGUCGAGUAGUUGUCUUCGGCAGAAAUGUCUGCAGAAAGAGAAAGAAUGUCGGCGAAAAGAAGAACUGAGAGACUUGGAGUUGAAGAGUAAAAGCAAUAUGCAUCCGAAUCGCAUGACCUCUUCUAGAAAUGAGAACCAGGGAGGAGGUUUGCUCGGCCGCAUUCCCAACGUAAAUAUUGGAGGAGAAGGACUUUUUGACGACCAACACUCGAGAAAUCUGGUCGCUGGUCGGCUUGGAAAGUAUCCAUUUCCUACGCAUGCCAUACAUAUCCAGCAAUACAAUAGUCUAUUGUUGCAAGGUGCGGCUGGAAUAAGUAACAAUGUCUACAAAAAUCCCUACUCCAAAAAGAAAAACGAUAACUUUGAGUGUCUGAUUCAAACAGCGGGAACCUCGAAGAGUCCUGCAACAUGCUCUGCUGCUGUGUCUAGUGUUGCAAACAACCCUUUCUCUACAAAUGAUGUUUCAGUGACUAGUGCUUGCAAGGCUAUCAUGUCGCAUGCUGCAGAUAAUAAUGUUAUAAUUAGUUCCGAAGCAAAUUUUAAUGCGAGUAAGUUUUCGCUUGCUAAUGGGGGUUCGCCAUUGAUGCAACCGUUGCAGCAAACAAGUGCAUGUUCUAAUAAGUCUAGAUCUAAUUCAACGGAACAGGUUUCGAGUAAAAAUAAGGCGCCCAAAAAGAUGUCAGACGAGUACACUAUUCCUCCAGGCACCGGACGUCCCUGGAGGGAUCUGAGAAGCAUCGAGGAGAUGCCUUGGAACCAAGUGGAGGAAAGUUGGCUCUGGUUUGGAAAAACUUGGAAGCGAUUCUCGAGUGAGAGGAGGGCUUGGCCACAGCAGAGCGACUGUCUUUGGAUUGAUGGAAGUACCAAUGAUUUAUACAACGAGAACUUGAUUUCAUACCCUGUUGAUUUCAACGAGAACUCAGAGGAUUUGGCGAUGUUUCGGUCGGACAAAAGUGGUCCGAAUCUGCACGUGUACUAAUGAAACUCGACGAUGAACUUGAAAUAAAAUGAAAAAGAUAAAUGAACUGACACAUUUGAUGUUAAUUACUGCAAAUUAAUUGUGAUUAUACUUCCUGAUAACCAAUUUUGUUAACUAAAGUGGCAUUUAAAUGGUGAUGUUGGUGUUUACUUGACAUUGCGUCGCUCAAAGGGGUCUAGAACCCAUUUCUGCACCCACUGACCAGGUGUUAUUUGAUGUCCUCUUAACGUUGAUUUCUCUAUUCUUCUCAUUUUGUGCUGCAAAAGCACGUCCAUGUGUUUACCUGCGUGUAGACUUUUUAAGUUCGGUUGAUGGACUUAGUUUAGUUCAGUUCGAACAGGCAAAAUACAAUCGGAAUGGAAGUUUCGUUGUUGAGCCGAAAUAACUGAAAAGUACUUUUGGUCUUCUCUCACUUAGGUGUUGAUUUGCUAUGAGUGCUGAAGUAUCUCUGUCGUUAUCUCCUCAAGUGUUCUGUUGAGUUGUUGAGCAGUUUAUAAAUGCGAACAGGUUUCGUCCAUUUUUCUGCACUGUAUUGUUGACCUCUUUUUAGCUCUCAAUCUAAGGCUGUAACUUAACUAAACUCAGUUUGUUAUGUUCAUGUAUGUUUAUCUCAUCCAUUGCUUUUCGCAAUAGUUGCUACUCUUUGGUGCUAUGCUCAAUCCGAAAUAUCCUAAAAUGUCACUUCAUCCACUCGUAAUAAACUAGUCUUGUGUUUCGCUUUGAUGUCUAGUUCUAUAAUUGUAAAUCUUGUACAUACCUAAACGCAUUUGGGUUUCGACUUGAUUCAAGUCGGUCUCCUGCUUUCCUGUUUUAUUUGCAGUUGCUCUCAUUGUUGUAGCCACCGAUUCGGCUCGACUGACUGAUUGACUGAUGUUUACUUAGGAAAAGUCUUCUUGUCGCUCGGUCUUAUUUUAUUGCAGAUUUGUCCCUGAUAAUAACCAAUAAUUUAAUGGGCUUCUGCUUUUAGCAAGCUCUGCUAAUUCUUCACUCAACAUUGUUGCUGUGUGUA